GGUCGCGCCCGGGCGGAGCAGCGGGGUGUGAGCCGCGCCGGCCGCCGUAGUCCGCCGCCGCGAGCAGGAAGUGUCCGAGGGCGGCGGCGGCGGCGGCGGCGGCGGCGGGCGGAGACUGCACGAUGGCCCCGGACCCCUGGUUCUCCACAUACGACUCUACCUGCCAAAUUGCACAAGAGAUUGCCGAGAAAAUCCAACAGCAAAAUCAGUAUGAAAGAAAUGGUGAAAAUACAAUCAGGCUUACCGUGACAAUCAGAACUUUGUUGCAGAAUCUGAAGGAAAAGAUCGCCCUUUUGAAGGACUUAUUGCUAAAUGCUGUGUCAACACAUCAGAUCACACAGCUUGAAGGAGACCGAAGACAGAACCUCCUGGAUGAACUCGUAACUCGAGAGAGACUGCUUGUGGCAUCUUUUAAGAACGAGGGUGCAGAACCGGAUCUCAUCAGGUCCAGCCUGAUGACUGGAGGGGCUAAGCGAGGAGUUGCCAACCCUUGGCUCUUUGAGGAGCCAGAGGAGACCAGAGGUUUGGGUUUUGAUGAAAUCCGGCAACAGCAGCAGAAGAUUAUCCAAGAACAGGAUGCAGGCCUGGAUGCCCUGUCCUCUAUCAUAAGUCGCCAGAAACAGAUGGGGAAGGAAAUUGGGAACGAACUGGAUGAACAAAACGAGAUAAUUGAUGACCUUGCCAACCUGGUGGAAAACACAGAUGGGAAGCUCCGCACCGAGACCAGGCGUGUGAACAUGGUGGACAGAAAGUCAACGUCUUGCGGAAACCUAAAUCCUCUAGUCCUCAGACUUCCCUUUCCAAUCCGAAAUCGGAAAUCAUCGCAUGGUACAAUGAAGAGCGUAUGGUGGAUGUGACGUAUUUGUUCUUCACUCACCAAAGAAUUUUCAAGUGCAAGGGAUUGUACUAGGAGCUGAGAACUCAGAAAUCUGGACGAUUAUUCACUCUGCCUCAAGAAGGAGAGAUGACCCAUCCCUAAGUAACUCUCAAAUAUGAGGCAAAAUGAGAUCAGUGAUGCAAGACGAAUAUAGGUAACAUGUUACAGGAAUUCCAAGUAAAGGGAGAGAUUACUUCCUGCCAGUGUAUGUGUGGUGCAAGGGAAAUUAAAAAAACAGGCCCAUUGAAGAAUGGCUCACUGAAAGAGCAUUUGGAUAAAUGGGGAUGAAGGUGAGGAAUUAACUCAGGUGAGUCCAGAGACAAAGGGAAAUUCAUCUGGACUGGGGCCAGAAUUUUAGAGAUGCUCAUAACAUGUCACUGUGAGGUAAUGCCCUUUUCCUAGAACACUGCUUCUAGCACCAGCUUAUUAAUUAAAGCAUAGAUUUCCUCCGAUCAUACCUUGUUCAGUCAAGGGUCUUUGUUCUCUCCUGAUGUUAAUAUCUCAGAACCAUAGAAAUCCAGCUCCCUCUCCCUCUUCCCCCCUGUCCCUCCCCAGCACUCUGUUCUGCUGUCAGCCCCCCUCCCCACAGGGAAGUCCAAGCCAUGUGGUGCCAGCAUCUCCUUUCCAUCCUCUUCACUGCCACUGCUGUUCAGGAGCUGGGGUCGGCUUCCUCACCUGUCACGUCAGCCCUCUCCUACAUAUCUCCUCCCUGAAUUACACAGGUCAGAAAGUUAAAAGCUCCUCAUGAUGAGGCUUCACAUGUGGCCCAGUUUCUACCUUAGAAGACACAGAGAUGGGAGAGACCAGUAGGAGGUGUUAGUGACACCCAGGGAGAUCAGAUCUCCUGAUAGGCACAGAGGAGGAGUGUGUGGUCUUUGCAGGGAGCUCCGCGAAGAUUCUAGCAUCUAACACCUCUUGUCCCACGAGUGGUGUGGAACCCUUGUCCUGUGUGGUUGGCUCUUCUGGUUCUGGCCAUCGUGUAUCCUCCAGAUCUGCUUUUCUGGUGGUCCGGAAGGUUCCAUAAGCUCCAAUAUCCCCCCCCCCCUUUUUUUUUUUUGCCUAAGCCAGCUAGCUACAGUAGAUGUGAUUUCAACAGCUAAAAACUUUCCAGUCCUCCACCCAUAUUCCUUGAGGUUUCUGACUCUCCAUUCAUGGUUAUCUCUUGUCUCCCAUUUUCCUGCCAUCACAGUAAGAGGCGAGGGAGUCUGCGUGAUGGUCUCUGCAACACUGUGGUCUCAUCACCUCUCCCUCUGCACGGCUACAGCUGGAGCUGUGUUGCCUCUAAAAGUUCCUCUCUCUGCCCCAGCCUCCUGUCACUCCACUGUCUCCAUAUGGACCUGUGCUCUAACCUCGGAACAUCCUUCAGUGCCCUUCCUCACUCUCCUAACACAACAGUCCAGCUGUCUUCCUCUGUGAGCCAACAGCUCAAUAUAUCCCACCAGACCUACUUAUCUAUCCUUCGGGCUACCUGUGCAUUUACUGCCUCUUGUGAAUACCCCUAAAAUGUUCCCAUACUGGUUUAGGUACCCCCCCACCAUUUUGUAUUAAGAAUAUAAUGAUAGGGGCACCUUGGUGGCUCAGUGAUUGAGCAUCUGCCUUCAACUCAGGUCGUGAACCCGGGGUCCUGGGAUCGAGUCCCGCGUUGGCUCCCCACAGGGAGCCUGCUUCUCCCUCUGCCUGUGUUUCUGCCUCUCUCUGUGUGUCUGUCAUAAAUAAAUAAAUUUAAAAAUCUUUCUAAAAAAUAAAAGAAUAUAGUAUCAGCUAAAGCUUAUAAGAUGCUUAUCAUGUUCCAGGCACUGUUCCAAAUAUGUUAAUAUAUUAAGUCAUCGAAUCCUCACAACAAUGUAAUGACAUAGGAACAUUUAAUGUCUACACUUUACAGAUGAAGAAACAGAAGAACAGAGAGGUUAAGUGAUUUGUCCAAGGCAACACAGCUAGUAAGUGGUUGAGCUGGGAUUCGAGCUGUCCUCAUUCUUAGUAGCUGUACUCUAUUUUCAUUCCAUCUACCUAUGUUAAGCAAUGCCAAGAUAUCUUUGUGUCUUUACAUGGUUAUUGAAAGUGCUUUUUCCUCUUUCACCAUAUAUGUGAUUACUGUCUCACUGUCAGUAUCACACGUUGUGGUUCCUAAAGGCAGCACUCCAUUCAUAUAUCCACCAGUUCUUUUUUAAUGAAAUUUUUUUUCCUUUCUCUCUCCCAUACUAUUUCCUUGCCCUGCAUUCUGAUUUGAAUUUCAGUUCUGUCGUGAAAGAUCGUGUCACACUAUUGCAGAUAAAUGUUUCAGGCAGCUGUUGACUAGCUCGGGUGAUGGAUUUCCCAUACUAACCCUGCUGACUCCUCCUCUUUCAAAAUAUCACUUAUGUUACAUCCGGAAACCCAUACUCUGAUAAAUGAAGUAUAGCAGUUUGUGAUAUCAGCUGGAAUUAUUUUCUCUGCCGUCUUCCAGGAUAAGUCUCCUGUAGUAUUUAGACUCUGGGUUCUAAAAU